UACAACGGAAACAGACGAGCCGGAAGUGUUACAGCUCCACCGAUACACGUGUAAAUAUACAUAUAUAUCUAACAUAUCUACCGAAAAAAAGCUUCUAUUAUUACUGAGAAACACGUGAAGAUUGGAGGAAGAUGUUCGGCUCUUCCAGAUCAGGAGGAGUGAGAGGGGGACAAGACCAGUUUAACUGGGACGAUGUGAAAGUGGACAAACACAGAGAGAACUAUCUGGGCAACUCUCUGAUGGCUCCAGUGGGACGCUGGCAGAAGGGAAAAGACCUGACGUGGUUUAAUAAAGACAAACAGAGCUCAGCGAAGCAGGCGAGAGAGCAGGAGCUACAAGCUGUGAGAGAAGCUGAGCACAACGCCAUGAUGGUGGCACUGGGUCAUAAGACAGUUCAGAAGCGUCCAGCCGGUCUGACGAAGGAGGAUCUGGUGGAGGUGUGUAGAAGAGAGGGAGACGGAGACGAACGAGACGUGGACCGAGUCUCCGGGCUGGGAAGCUCCAGUGGUGGAGGUCGCAGGAUGAUUUUAUCCAAACAGGAGAAGGAAGCGGUGAAAAUGGGCCUCCCGGUGUUUACUCAUCAUCAGGUGGCCGGAGGUGAAGCUGCAGCUGCCAAGAAAAGCGACGCACAGCAGAAAGAAGAAGAGUGUAAAAGCGACAGGACUGACGGCCAGAAGAAAAGUAAAAAGGAGAAAAAGAGCAAAAAGGAGAAAAAAAAGAAGAAAGAGAAGAAGAAGCGGAGCAGGAAAGAGUCGUCUCCUGACUCAGACACUGAGCGAAAAAGGCAUAAGCAGCACUACAGAGACCUUCAGAGUGAUUCUAGCCUAUCACAUGUCAGGCACAGAGGAUACAAUGCCUAUGACAAGCGCUCAGACUGUGGGUCAAAGGUCAGACAUCGAAGCCCCUCCUCUUUAGCCAGGGAUCGCCAACCGCAACGUCGCCAUGACACCGACUCAGACGACUGACGUUCUGGUGAAACAGCGAAUCCUGACAUUCCUCAUCUUAACACAGUUAAUUAGGGCAGUUGGGGGGGGGGGGGGGAUUUCUAAACCU